AAGAGCUCAGUAUAUGUGGUUGACUAAAUGACCAAGGUGAAGAGUCAAAAAUUUCUGUAUGUUGGUAAGUACUUCAGAUAUUUCCCCAGUGGCUAAAAUGGCAUACAAAUUAUGAAGUUGGACCAGUUGGAGUGAAUGUUAGAGAACUGCCUUGAGCUUCUCGUACUCCAAAGAGGAAACCUCAUCCAGGGCCAUGAUACUACUUCUCCGUCAUCUGUGUGCUGCUUGGUUAAGCUAAUGCUGUGAGAGCCCUGGUUCCUUGUGGAGGAAUCAAGCUGACUGUUGGCAUGAGGCCCCUGCCUUGCAGGGGUUGAGAGGGACACUGCUAUGGCUUCUCUGGAUGACCCUGGGGAAGUGAGGGAGGGCUUCCUUUGCCCUUUGUGCCUGAAGAACCUGCAGUCUUUCUAUCAGCUUCAGUCACAUUAUGAGGAAGAGCACUCUGGGGAAGACCGUGAUGUCAAAGGGCAAAUUAAAAGUCUUGUCCAGAAGGCUAAGAAAGCCAAGAACAGGCUGUUGAAACGAGAAGGAGAUGACCGAGCAGAAUCAGGAACACAAGGAUAUGAGUCUUUCAGUUAUGGAGGGGUCGACCCUUACAUGUGGGAACCCCAGGAACUAGGUGCUGUGAGAAGCCAUCUUUCUGACUUCAAAAAACACCGAGCUGCCAGAAUUGACCACUAUGUUGUUGAAGUCAAUAAAUUAAUAAUCAGGUUAGAGAAGCUCACUGCAUUUGACAGAACAAAUACCGAAUCUGCUAAGAUACGAGCAAUAGAAAAGUCCGUGGUGCCUUGGGUCAACGACCAAGAUGUCCCUUUCUGUCCGGACUGUGGGAAUAAGUUCAGCAUCCGUAACCGCCGCCACCACUGCCGACUCUGUGGGUCUAUUAUGUGCAAGAAGUGUAUGGAGCUCAUCAGCCUCCCUUUUGCAAACAAGCUCACCAGUGCCAGCAAAGAUUCCCUGAGCACCCACACCAGUCCCAGCCAGUCACCCAACAGUGUCCAUGGCUCCCGCCGGGGCAGUAUCAGCAGCGUGAGCAGUGUAAGCUCCGUCCUGGAUGAAAAGGAUGACGACCGGAUCCGCUGCUGUACACACUGCAAGGACACGCUGCUCAAGAGAGAGCAGCAGAUUGAUGAGAAGGAGCACACCCCCGAUAUUGUAAAGCUCUAUGAGAAAUUACGACUUUGCAUGGAGAAAGUUGACCAAAAAGCUCCUGAAUACAUCAGGAUGGCAGCAUCAUUAAAUGCUGGGGAGACAACCUACAGCCUGGAACAUGCCAGUGACCUUCGAGUGGAAGUGCAGAAAGUGUACGAGCUCAUAGAUGCUUUAAGUAAGAAGAUCUUAACCUUAGGCUUGAACCAGGACCCUCCACCACAUCCAAACACUUUGCGGCUGCAGAGGAUGAUCAGAUACUCAGCUACACUUUUUGUGCAGGAAAAGUUGCUGGGUUUGAUGUCACUGCCAACCAGAGAACAGUUUGAGGAAUUGAAAAAGAAAAGGAAACAGGAAAUGGAGAGAAAGAAGAUCCUGGAGAGACAGGUUGUCCUGGAAUCCCAGCAACGGUUUGAGGAAAGGCGGAGUGACCUGGCAUCUCGUGCGGCCAACGGGGAGGUGGUGUCCCUUCGAGGGGGACCUGCCCCCCUGAGAAAGGCUGAGGGCUGGCUCCCGCUGUCAGGAAGUCCGGGGCAGAGUGAAGACUCGGACCCCCUCCUCCAGCAGAUCCACAACAUCACAUCAUUUAUUAGGCAGGCCAAGGCUGCCGGGCGGACGGAUGAAGUGCGCACACUGCAGGAGAACCUGCGGCAGUUGCAGGAUGAGUAUGACCAGCAGCAGACGGAGAAGGCCAUUGAGCUGUCCCGGAGGCAGGCUGAGGAGGAGGACCUGCAGCGAGAACAGCUGCAGAGGCUUUGUGAACGGGAGUGGGAACGAGAGAGGGAGCAGUUCCGGGCCGCGUCCCUACAUACACGGACUCGGUCCCUGGACUUCCGAGAAAUCAGGCCUUUUCAGCUGGAGCCUGGCAGGGAGCCUCGUACCCACCUUGCCUAUGCUUUGGAUCUAGGCUCUUCCUCAGUUCAGAGCAGUGUAGCUGCGGAGACCCCUGCCCCCAGCUCAGCUCUCGAGCCAGCCAGAGUGUGGUCUGGACCCCCAGCCCUUGGCCAGGAAUUCUUCCCCCAGAGCAUGAUAUCACAGCAAAAUGAGCUGGCCUCCCUAAACCCCUUCGAUGAGGAAGACCCCUCCAGCCCCACAGCAGAGGGCACUAUCAGCCCUCCUGCUGCAGAGUGUUCCUUUGGCCCUUCAGUCUCCAUCCUCAAAGAAUACAAUCCUUUUGAGGAAGAAGAGGAGGAGGCUGUUGCAGGGAAUCCCUUCACUAACCCAGAUAGUCCAGCGCCCAACCCCUUCGAUGAUGAAGAUGAGCAUCCCCACCAGAGGCCCUCAAGCCCUCCUGUUUCUGGCAACCCCUUUGAGGAAGCCACCUGUACCAACCCCUUUGAGAUGGACAGUGACAGUGGGCCAGAGGGAGAGGAGCCCAUAGAGGAGGAGCUCCUCCUCCAGCAGAUUGAUAACAUCAAGGCGUACAUUUUUGAUGCCAAGCAGUGUGGCCGCCUGGAUGAGGUGGAAGUGCUGACAGAGAACCUGAGGGAGCUGAAGCGCACCCUGGCCAAGCAGAAGGGGGGCACCGACUGACCCCACUGACUGUGGGCAGGGAAUCUUUGGGCCCAGGGCCUGGCAGGAGCCUGUGGAGCAGGACAGGGCUGGUGGGCCCGAUGGGGCAGGAGGAAGGGUGACAACUAAGAUGCACACAGGUCAGGGCAGGGAAUCUGCUGUUUCGUGCUGUGCACUUGGAGGUUUUUCCACUACACUUGAAUAAUAAAGUGGAAACCAGAACAGGAAGAAUCAGCAUUCAUUUGCUGUAUUUCCUGGGGUUUUUAAAAGAAUUUUUUUGUUUUUGUUUUUUUGAAUCGGGUUUUCCCUUUAGAAGGGAUUUUAAAUUUUCAUUACUGAGUAGAACUAAAUGCAGUUCUCUUGGGCAGCCCUCGUGGGUCCACUUGCUCCUGCCUAGUCUUUGGUCUUGAUGCAGUAUUAUAGGGCACUUUCUUUAGCCAAGACAGACUCGAUGGAUUCCUUUAAACCUUACUGUGGUCUGACAGAAGUCUGUCCCCCUAGGCUGUGGGUUCUUCACCUGGGGCUUCCUCUACCCUGCUGGGUACAUCCCACCUGUGCGGCAGAAGGGGGA